CGGUGCCUGCGACUUCCCGCGCAGCAAUGGCGAGAACUGGCGGGUGUGUGGUCCCCUGGCCACGAACAACUCGCAGAGGGACGUCUUUUUCCGCUCUGGCUUCUAUGAUCUUGUUUGGAGCAUGGAUACAAUGGGCGUGAACGAGUUCCACUCAUUCUCGUCCCAGGCAGUGGUGUGCUCCGGGUCGCUGUUGAUAAAUUCGGAGACUUGUUUGGGCCCAUCGGACGAUUGGAAUGCCGAUGGGAAGGGCUACCCCAUCCGCUUCGUGCGCAACGGGAGAUACUACGCGCACUACUGGGUAGGGGGGCUGCAGUGCGGUUCAUACAGUGCCACCCUGGAGAUCAAAGCUUGGCCAGACUGCUUCGAGUUGUACCUCGCCUCGGACAUCGCCAGCCUGCCCGUUGCGAUCGACACCACGCUGGGGGCAUUCAGCUCUUCGGCGACCGGCACUGGGACUGCGGACCUCGGGUUCUGCGUAUCCACCGCCGGCACGCUGCAGGAGAAGUGGGCGUCGGGACAGGGCGCCGUGACCCAGCCGGCGGCCACUCCGGCCGACGCUGGCGUCGGUGUCUGCGUGGACUGCGUGUCGACCUGCGGCACGACCCUGAGCGUCGCGAGGACAAUCCACUGGUCGUGGGCAGGCUUGUACUACUACUUCUGCGCAUACCCCGAGAGCGUCCAGGACGGCUGUCCCGCGGUCGGCACGGCCCUGACCUACGCGAGCGGGGUAUCGAUCCCCUCUGGGGUCACAUUCGUGACAGCAUCAACUCCUGGUCGAAAGGCGACGCACGACGGCUGGUGUUCCCAUUCGAGUAUCUCUGGGUCCCAGGCGUACAUGAUCGUGAUGCAAUCCACCGCCACGGUGACCUCCUGGGCAUGGGGGACUGUGUUUAACCUGGCAGGGGGUGACGAAGAACUGCCAGUUUCCGCAGCUGGGGCUGGAUGGCACGUGGAGCUCCCGCAAGGCGUCUCCAGUUCCACGGACGUCAACGACAACUUUGAGGUGGUCCUCUCGAACAAUAACCCUGAGCCCGCCGUCUUCCGCAUGCUGUUCCACGACGACCAACCUCGUGGCAUUACUGGUGUCGCGGUCUUCCUCCGCAACCACUCCUCCGGAGAGCCUUCUGGGUUCCACGUGCAGAUCAGCAAAAAUUGGCAUACUUCUUCUGGCCAGGAGGGACUGGCGCCUUACGACGGCAUGUGGCUGACGACAGCGGUAGUCCUGCGCGUACCUGCGCAGAGCAGCCUGACGAUGCAGCUGAUCCAGGCGUACACGUGGUUCAAUUCCCUGCACUCGGUCUCCCACGCGCAGCUCAGCCUCAUAGGCUGGGGCUCUAACGGGCACUGGGAGGAGGUCGGGCUUGCAUCCGGCGGCGAGUCGAUCACCUACGAGCCCUGCGCGGCCCAGACUCGCACCACGGGCGGCCUGGACACCCGGCCCUUCCUGACCUGCGGCAUGAACUCGGCGCACGGCGCGUGCGACGGCAGCCCCGAGUCCCCCGCGUGGACCGAAAAUCACGGCGGCAACGAGUUCCUCGCCGUCUUCAGCGACACGGGCUCCUACGAGUACCUCACGGAGGUGGAGACCUACCACAUCAUGAACGGCCCCAAGCUGACCAACGCCUCGUACACGGGGACAACCGUGGACAAUGGCAUCAGGCGCUCGGUGACUGCCUCGACGUGGGCCGCGGACGACAUGGUUCGCCACCUGCACGUGGUGCGCUACGAGGUGAUGAAGGACGUCACGUACCCCCGCUUCGUGGCCUACCACCUCGGCGCAGACUUCUACAGCUAUGUGGCCAACCCCAGGUUCGUGUAUGGGGACGGCACCGGGAAGCUGGCGGAUGUCGUGGAGGUGCCCACGAUAGCGAGGGGCCGGUACUACGUGAACGAGAGCUGGGCCAGCUGCACUGUCCCGCCGUGUUGGUUUGCCCUGCUCUCCGAUCCCGGCACGAACAGGAACGCGCACCGCGGCCUGGUCGUGCGCAGGUGGGAGGCGAAGCUCGGCGGGGCCGUGCGAGCCGAGGCAGAGGGCCCCAGGUUCAUGCUCACGGACGUGGGCUCUGCGCAGCAGGGCCUGCAGCUGACGCUGCCCGAGGGCUUCGACGGCCUCCAGGCCGGCGACUACGUCGAGGCCGAGCUCGAGCUGUUCCUGUACCCGAACUCCUCCGAGGUCUACUUCGGCACGAACCCGAAGAUGCAGUCCUGGCUCUCCGAUCCGGACGCCUCCUGGUCUGUCGCAUACAAGGAGGCCGUGGCGGGGCACUUGCGGCCUCACGUGAGCGUCAGCGCGGGCGCUCUGGAGCGCGCUUUCCCGCUGCGCGUGCGGGCUACCAGCGACCAGGCCCAGUUCCAGGUCGCGGUGCCGCCCGACUGGCCCGCCGUGCUGCCGGUCA